AUGGCCCCUUCCAAGCUCAAGAACAUGGCAAUUUGCUUCUCUGGCGCCUUUGAUCACCCUGAAUCACAACUCAGAAAGUGGACCGAGGCCAACGGCGGCGAGUUCCAUCGCCAGAUCAAGUCAGACACCACUCACUUGGUCACUACCAAGGCCAACUGGCGCUCGCGCGUCCCCGAAGUGAAAGCCGCUCUCAGCAAGGAUCGCUCUGUCAAGAUCGUCGAUUAUGAGUGGUUUGACGACAAGCUUCGCCUCGGUGGCCGUGUCUCUGAGAACAAGUACCUCUGGACUACAAUCGAUGAGGAAGCUUUCAAACAACAGGCCAAGGAUGAGAGAGCCGCCGGGCGCGAGAAGAAGCGUAUCGAGAAGGAAAAGGAGAAGAAGAAGAAGGACAGCGAACGCAUCGAUUGGAGCGGUGCCCUACUCCAGCACACCAAUGUCGUUGCCAGAGUCGAGGACUCGGAAGACAGCGAAGACAGUGGAGACUCUGCUGGCCGUGAGCUACAGGAAGAAUUUGCUAGAGGUGUGAAGCAAGCCAAGGAGGACUUGAUGAGCGACAAUCACCAUAUCUACAUCGAUCAGACUGGUUUCUCGAUGGACAUCACCCUCACCAAGGCCUCGGUGGAACUCAGCCAUAUGGACAGAGCUCAAAUCACUCUGUACGAAACCAACGACGUCCCCCACACCUACGCCGUCGCCGCCAAAGUCUCCGAGAACGACCCCAUCGACCAUGGCUUGACCAUAAUCAUUGGCGUUAACUAUGCCACCGCCUUCCGCACCUUCCGCCACAACUUCCAAAAGCUCGCCGGCUUCGAGUGGAACAACCGCUUCGAGAAGUCUACCGAUAAUGCUACCCUUGCACCUCUACCUCGCCCCAGAUCCGACUUCAUCGUCGCCGGAAAGGGCUCCCCUCCUGGCAAGCUGGCUAAGAAGGGCAAGGAGAAGGCAGGAGAGCCCGAAGAGCCUACCUCCGAGCAAGUUCGCGAACGCCUUGAGGCUGCCUUCAUCAAGCAGAAGUACAGAUAUCGCCUUCCUGACGCUGGAACUCCUCGUGGUACUAUGAUCGACGGCAGCCACUAUAAGCACCAGAACAAGAAGAGUGUCUAUGAGCUGUUCGGCAAGGCUGCUGAUAGAGGCGCAGAAGCUAUCAAGAUCAAGGAGGAGGCCAAGGCAGAGUCUAAGAGGUUGUUGAAGAACCUCAAGAAGAGACAGGGACCUGUUGAAGUUGUGAUCAUCGAUUCUGAUGAUGAGGAGGACGACGACGAGGGCGAGGAAGACGAUGAGAGUGAUGGUGAGGAUGAGGAGAUGGAGGGUAUUCAGGGCUAUGUCGCUGUCAAAGCUCCCGCUGCUGGCAAUGUCGUUCCCAUGGACCUUGAUGGCCCUGCCAGAGUGGAGGAGGACUACACCAUGGUCGAUGCUCCUAACACACAGAUCUGA